UUUGGAUCGGUUGCAAAUUUAUACAUUUUUCUAAAGCGCUACGCGGGUUAGUCGCAGAUAUAUUGUUGAUAUAAUACGAGUGAAUUGACAUUUAACUUUUUUUUGUAUAAUUUGUUUUUUUUUGUCAUUCUUCUCUGUAUCACUGUUAAUGUCGAUUGGAUAUAAAUGUAUCGGGACGUUUUAAUUCGAUAAAAGAAUUUUUAUGGAAUUGAGAAUUGAUAUUAGUUUAUUGUGAAAAUUAACAGCGGAAUUUUAUCAAUAAAAAAAAUUGAUUCAGGACAUAAAACGCUCUGUUACGCCUCGUAUCGCGGAAAACUAUCGUAUCGUUCGUAGCCGACGUAACAUAUUUUUUCCUCAUUAAAAUUAUUUAAUUUGAAAAUUAACUGCAACAGACUCAACUGUGCUAACAUAAACAUUUUAUGUGUAUUGUAUGAUGAAAAUGCGGACAUGAGUUUUCCACUUCGACUGUUAAGUAAAAGUAGUUUUUUGCAGAAUAUGCCCGAUGAUAUGUGUUGUGGAAACAUCACCAUUUAGUGUUUAAUGUGCAUCCAUGUUUAUAUGUUUUUAAGUUGUUCUUGAAACUGAAUAAUACCAAAAAAGCAAAACACUGAAAAAGAGCGAACAAAAAACUAUGCUUCGAUGAUUAACAAUUCGAUGUAGAAUAUUAGGAAGUCGAAUUCAACACAGUUAAGCCGAAACGAUAUUCAGUGUUAAAUCGCCACAAACACAGCCGGUACAGUUAACACGACACACAUCGAUCAACUUUUCCAUUUUUCACUGUUCGAUAAAAUCAAUCAAAAUCGUACUCCAGUGGACUAUAUCGGGCGGAAGCCCAACAUCACCAGCAACCAUUAAGGGAACAUCAGAUUUAAUGAAUGGUGGCGGUAUGACCGUUCCCGUUCAGCGUGGAUCCAUGGCCAUUUUACAGCCACCACGUUCACGGUUUAUGAUCACCGAUAUACUAGCUGGCAGUGGCGGAGGUGUUGCGGGGCUAGUUGAUGGACGAUCACCGUCUCCGCAGCCGAGAGAUUUGAGCGUUCCACCUGGUGGACGUCACCAUCACAACAAUCAUCAUGACGAUAGUGAUAGUGAUUCAAGCGGACAAUUGGAUGAUCACAGCGUUUGUAGCAACGGUGCCAAAGACGAUGAUGGAAGUGUAAAGAGCGGUUUGGGCAGUCUGUCCGGUUCAUCGGGAUUGAGUAAAAAGCAACGCAAAGCCCGAACAGCAUUCACUGACCAUCAAUUGCAAACGUUAGAAAAAAGUUUCGAAAGACAAAAAUAUUUAAGCGUACAAGACCGUAUGGAAUUAGCCAAUAAAUUGGGAUUAAGUGACACACAAGUGAAAACAUGGUAUCAAAAUCGACGCACCAAAUGGAAGCGACAAACUGCCGUUGGCCUGGAGUUGCUGGCCGAAGCCGGCAAUUACGCUGCAUUUCAAAGACUCUACGGUGGUCCACCUUACAUCGGCUCUUGGCCCUAUCCAGGUCAAGGUCCUCCUGGUGCACCUCCGUCUGCUGCCGAUAUGUAUUAUCGGCAAGCAGCUGCUGCUGCAGCACUACAAAAACCGCUUCCAUAUCGACUGUAUCCGGGCGUACCUGCAUUAGGAUCAUUGGGUGGCCUACCGGGACCCAGCGCACCAUUUCCGCAUCUGUCGGCAUCCAGUUCGUUGUCAUCAUUGAGUAAUUACUAUCAGAACAAUAAUGGCACUUCAAGUCAGACGCCGCGUAGAUCGCCGAGUCUUGGUCCCAGUCCGCCGUUAAAUCCGGGAAGUCCACCAGGACGAUCGGAAAGUAAUCCACCCAGUGAAGACGAAGAUACGAUUCAUGUUUGAAGCUUUCGUUUUGAAUUACUUACAACAAAAUAUUUAUUUCUUUAGGCAAAAGAGUAUAAACGUGUAAUUGAAUUUUGAAUUUUAAUUAUUCACACACACACAUACGCAAAACACACACACAUAUAUACAUGAGAACAAAAUACUUUAUUGACAAUUAAUGAAUUCUGCGUAUUUUAACGUGUUUAUUAAAUCAAUGUAAUGAGAAAAUUUGAUAAAAACCCAGUAAGAGUCUAUACAUGGUAGGUAUAUAUAAUAAAAUAUAUAUUAGUGCGUCCAACAAUGAUUUCCUUAGACCUGGACUUACUCGCGAAAAUUUACAUGAAAAAUUAUAGAUUUUUAAAAAUGUGAAAGUAUUCAGACCCGAAAUGAAAUUUGAUGUUUCUUCAAUUUACACAAGAAAACUUCGAAUCUGUCCGACCUUUUAGCUUCCAUAUAUAACAAACCUUCAAAGGAAGACAAGGGCAAUAUAUGUCUGAUAUAUGGAGGCUUGUAAUGUGGAGGUGAGACCAAAUUAGAGACUAGCAUUGAAUUGAUGUUAGUUUAUCUUAUGAAAGUACUCAGUUACCUGGAGCCGUAAUUUACACACAAAAUCAUUUCAGAAGCACAAGCGAAUUUUAUCGAAUUGCUGUUAAAUAAGUUUACAUUCACCUCAACCAAUGCAAAAAUAUUUUUAUUGUUCGGUCCGUUAAUCUUUCGAAUUGUUUGAAUCGCAUCGUUUGAAUACAAUUUUGUAAAAUUUCUCCUUCAUUCAUCAUCGUCACGAAUUCACGAUUGAUCGUGUGCACCGAUUUUCACGUGUUCUGGUUGUAAAACUCGUUGGUUAUCUGCUCUUGAAGUAAAUAAAGCGGCACUGAGUGGACACAAUUUUGCCAAAUUAAGAUUUUAUCCACCGUAGUGUCACAAGCGAGACAGGAAUCAGUAGCUUACAUCCUUGUUUGGAACUUUUGAUUUUAAUAAGAGUGCGCCGAUGGAAAAAAAGCAAAAGUUCCAAGCAAUUACGUAAAUGAUUUUAGUCAAUAAACCUCCGGAAAACGAGUUUUAACGCUCACGGUAAUAUAGUUAUAACUUAUUUUCCAGAAGGUGAGUGGCAGUGAAUAAAUAUUCGUCGGAAUCGGCAUGCAAAAUAAUUUAAAAGUCAAGUUUUCGUAAAUGACUAUUCGUCUUUUCGUUUGUUUAGAGUCGACACAUCAUGACGUAAAAAAGCAAUGAGGUUGGUCAAGGAAACAUUAAGUUAAAACCAUUGAAAUUUAAUGUAACGACUGAGUAAAUUCGAGAUAAGAUAUGAGUUCUUGAAAUUGAACAUGCUGACAUUUGACAUAGAAAUGCUCGACCGUAUAAUUUCAAAAACGCAGAUUUUUACAUGGUUCUUCUGUCUCUCUGUAGUCUGCAAUAUUAUUGAAUCACAACUCACAACCGAAUUACUUCUGAUGGACUUCCACAUUUUUAAAAACUUAUUCCGAAAUGACAUUUUCACAAUGAGAAAAUAACGGGAUUCAGUUGGACGAAAUCUGUAAUUAACACAAAUUAAUUAAUUAAUAAA